AUGUCUACACGAUGGUAUCCUAUAUAUCAAAAAGUUGAUGUAAAAACACGUAUCGCCAUGGGUAAAUUUCGAAAGGACAUCGCCAAAGGUUAUAUAGUUAAAGAUGAUGAUAUAAAACACGCCUACGUUACGCUCCCAAAAACAAUGAAAUUUGAAUUUCCUAAUAUUUUUGAAAAGAAAAAAGGUGAUAGUGAAGACGAUGCAAAGUCUUUAGAUGAAGUUAAAAAAUCUUUUAAACAAUACAUAGAUCGCAACAAAGACCGAUCAGAUGUUCCAAGCUGGUUUACAAUA